GAGGAGGCGGGGCCAGUCUCUCUCUUCCGGGUUGCUGCAGCUCUGUCUGCUUGCUUAGAGAUUUGUUUGUUCAGGAAUGAAAGCAGUGUCCCGUCACUGGGCUGCAUCGGUGCAUGUUGCACUUAGUCUUAUUGGGCUCCCCUACGCUGCUGGCACGAGUGGAGUCUGGUUCGUCCAAACAAUUUCCAGCAGUAAGAAGGCCAUUAGCCGCAGUUUCUUUUCAUCAACAUCAGUCUACAUGUGUUCUGCCGCCGCGCACGUGAAGGCUCGCUGCCCGGUGUAUCCCGGAUCAGACACACACCGCUUCCCUGUCCCAGACCACACAGUAGACUGGGACACAGACUGUCCCCAGUACAGCCCUGUCAAAUAUACCGCCCCCACUGUACUGAACAAGCCUGCUUGGGCUGACCCAGAGAUUGGUUCAUUUUCCCCACAGUUCAAUUCUAUAGAUGGAUCUGUGGACAGGAGAAGCCAUGAGGGCUCGUAUCGUGUUCAGAAUGGCAAACCACUUAAUCCACAUGGAAGGACUGGGCUGGAGGGCCGAGGAUUACUGGGAAGGUGGGGUCCGAACCACGCUGCUGAUCCAAUAGUUACCAGGUGGAAAAGGGACUCUACAGGACAGUGUGUCCACCACACUAACUCUCAACUACCUGUGCUGCAAUUUGUGUCCAUCAAGAGGUUGGACUGUGGCGAAUGGGCCAUCCCAGGGGGAAUGGUGGACCCCGGAGAGCGCAUUUCUCAAACACUGCAGCGCGAGUUCUCGGAAGAGGCAUUAAACUCUCUGCAGGCAUCUCCAAGUCAGAGGGAAAAUAUCCAGAAGCGAAUCGCUGAACUUUUCAACUCCGCAGGUCUUCAGGUGUAUAAAGGUUAUGUAGAUGAUCCAAGAAACACAGAUAAUGCUUGGAUGGAGACAGUAGCAGUCAACUUCCAUGAUGAAUCAGGUAAUAGUGUGAGUGAGCUGCCAUUGCAAGCAGGCGAUGACGCAGGUCAAGUGAGCUGGAUUGAUGUUGACUCCUCUCUGGCCCUUUAUGCCAAUCACUUGCAUUUCCUAGAGACUGUCGCAAAGGAAAGAAAUGCACACUGGUAACAGAAAAUAGUAAAA